GGCGGAGCAAGAAGUGGAACGUAUGAGGGAGCAGAGCUGCAGUUGCGUCUUCUUUGUCUCUGAAAGAAGAUUCAGCCGAGUCCAUCAGGUUUCUCUCAGCAACAGUGAGUGCAGACAUGGCUGCUGCCAGUAAUCUGCAAUCUGAAGAUCAGUUUCUGUGCUCCAUCUGUCUGGAUGUGUUCACUGAUCCAGUCAGCACACCAUGUGGACACAACUUCUGCAAAAACUGCAUCACUCAGCACUGGAACACUAAUGGCAGACAUAAUUGUCCUAUGUGUAACAGAGUGUUCAAGAGACGACCUGAACUAGACAUCAACACUUUGUUCUCUGAGAUGGUUGCUCAGUUCAGACAUGAAGCUCAGCAGAAAGCCAGCAGCAGCAGCUCAGAGCAACAAGCUGCCAAACCAGGAGAAGUUCUCUGUGACGUCUGCACUGGAACCAGACUGAAGGCCCUGAAGUCCUGCCUGGUGUGUCAGACUUCCUACUGUCAGACUCACCUGGAGCCUCAUCUGACAAAGAAAGCUCUGAGAGGACAUCAGUUGAUUGAUGCUGUGGAGAACCUGGAAGACAAGAUGUGUAAGAAGCAUGAAAAACCUCUGGAGCUGUUCUGUAAGACCGACCAGACAUGUGUCUGCAUGCUCUGCUCUGUUUUAGAGCACAAGAACCACGAGUUUGUUCCUCUGAGAGAAGAAUAUGAAGGAAAGAAGGCAGAGCUGGGGAAGACAGAGGCUGUGAUUCAGCAGAUGAUCCAGAAGAGACGACUGAAGAUUCAAGAGCUCAAAGAGUCAGUGAAGACGAGUAAAGGUGCUGCAGACAGACAGAAAGCAGAAGGUGUUCAGGUCCUCACUGCUCUGAAGGAGUCUGUUGAGAGACGCCUGAAGGAGCUCAAAAAGGAGAUCGAAGACAAACAGGAAACUACAGAGAAACAGGCUGAAGGUCUCAUCAAAGAUCUGGAACAGGAAAUCUCUGAGCUGAUGAAGAGAAGCUCUGAGGUGGAGCAGCUCUUACACUCUGAAGACCACCUCCACCUCCUCCAAAGCUUCUCAUCCCUGAAAGCUGCUCCACCCACCAAGGACUGGACAGAGGUCAGAGUCCAUCCACCAUCAUAUGAGGGGACUGUGGUGAGAGCUGUGGCUCAGCUGGAGGAGACACUCAGGAAAGACUUGAAGAAGCUGUUUGAGGCUGAGCUGAAGACGGUCCAGCAGUAUGCAGUGGAUGUGACUCUGGAUCCUGAUACAGCGUAUCCUAAUCUCAUCCUGUCUGAUGAUGGGAAGCAAGUAUACUGUGGUGAUGUGAGGAUCAAUGUUCCAGACAACCCAGAGAGAUUUUCUGCUUGUGUUUGUGUUUUAGGAGUGCAGAGUUUCUCUUCAGGCAGAUUUUACUUUGAGGUUCAGGUUAAAGGAAAGACUGACUGGGACUUGGGAGUGGCCAGAGAGUCGAUCAACAGGAAGGGAAAUGUUAUGCUGAGACCUCAGUAUGGUCUCUGGACUGUAGUGCUGAGAAAUGGAAAUGAAUACAGAGCUUGUGCAGGUCCUUCAUUCCGUCUCUGUCUUUAUUCUGGUCCGGAGAAGGUGGGGGUGUUUGUGGAUUAUGAGGAGGGUCUGGUCUCCUUUUAUGAUGUUGGUACUGGAGCUCUGAUCUACUCCUUUACUGGCUGCUCCUUCACUCACAAACUCCACCCAUACUUCAGUCCCUAUAUGAAUCAGGGUGGUAACAACUCUUCACCUCUGAUCAUCUGUCCUGUCAAUCACACUGAGUCGAUCAACAACUGAUUUUAUUUGAUGAACUGAUUGAAGUAAAGGUGGCACCUGUGUGUUUGGCACACCGUCUACCGCUCUUUCUUAUUUGUCUCAUUUUAUUAUUUUUAGCCAACGUUGUGCAAGAUGUCAGUUCCACGUUGUCUUAUUAUUGGACAUUAUUGACGUUAUUGGAAACGUGUUCAUCCACCAAAUUUUUAGUUCGCCUUGGUGAAGUUAGCCAGGGUCUCUGCCUCCCUAUCUGGAAGCAAUACCAUCGCGCCGGCAUCCCAUACCAACUCCACCACCUAUGCGCAAGCGACGCAGGAUGCGGGGUACCCGUGGAAUCGCCUUGUUAAGCUGAGAAUCAGGAUUUCUUACCUUCCCCACGAUCUUCACUCCAUUCGUCAAUCUUUUCCACGACUCCUGGUGCCAUCGCGUGCUCUGGACCCUGUGGACUCCUGGUUGGUUCCCGUUGUCGGCUCUAUCGAGAGGAGCCCUCUUAAAUCCUUCCUGUCGACAUCUGCAUUGGCGGGGAGCGGAUCAAUCAAACCUUCGACCGGUGGAUCAGGUAGUCGCUCCCCCAGAAGUCUCCAAACCAGCUCCCCUCAGGUUGGGUUUAAUAAAUGCCAGAUUGGUGGCAAACAAAACUUUCAUUUUGAAGGAUUUCUUUUCUUCCCAUGCGUUGGGUUUCCUCUGUCUGACUGAAACUUGGACUUCACCUGGUGAGUUAAGUGCCUUUUCUGCCGGCUGGCUGUGCUUAUUUUAGCGCCCCAAGAGCUUCUGGUCGUGGCGGGGGGUUAGCUGUUGUUUUUAAAGCACACUUCGAUUUUAGGCAGCUGUCCUCACCGACACGCUGCACCGGUUUUGAACUUUGUGUGAACUGGGCCACUCACCUUCGUUGCUGUAUGCGAUAGUUUACCAGCCUCCUAGAAAUAAUAAGGAUUUUUAAUAUGAGU